AUGGGCGACCUUCUUCACGACGAUUUGGGAAUUGUGCUCUCUUCUUAUUCCGAGGAGAAUCUGCAUGAUUAUGACGAUGAGGACGAGGACACGGACGAUGAUUACGAGGCUGAUGCUCGGAGACAAGAAAAUUCGGAUUUGGCGUGCCCCUUUUGCCCCGAGGACUUCGAUGUUCUCGGGCUGUGCUGCCACAUCGACGCCGAUCAUCGUAUGGAGGUUAAACCUGGGAUUUGCCCCAUUUGCUCCACAAAAGUGCGCAUAAACAUGGCUUCUCAUGCAAAACACUUGCGUAGAAUCAAUGAGCCUCAUUCUGUUGAUUCUUCUUCGCCUAAUGUGCCGUCAGAUUCCAAGCUUAUGUCGUUCAUCAAUAGCCCGAAUCAUGCUCAAAGACCUCAGGCCAAUGAAGCUCCUUUUUCGAAUCAAGAAAGCUUAUCUGCUGAAAGCAGCAAUGAGGACUUGAUAGAGAGAAUACAACCAACACCAUCAACAGACUCGAAUAAUGAAACGAGAAGGAGGUGCGAAUGUGUACAGGGAUUAGUACUCUCCACCAUCUUUGACGACUUAUGA